GCGGAAGUGGUUUGUGCUGGGAGUUGGUGGCGCGGUGCAGGGCUCUUAGGAACGAACGGCUUGGGCGCGGGUAAUCAGCUCCCUUUCCCCUUUUCUCUACCUCUUCUAGGUUCUUGGGAGUACGGCGGAGCUUCCGGACCUGAUGCGGGCGCCCGGUCGUGGACUGUCCCACCCUGUUCCUCUACUGCUCGGGGUGCUCCGCGCCCAGACUGGUAUCCGGGGACUGUGACUUGCAGGGUCCACCAUGGAACCAGAGCAGAUGCUGGAGGGACAGACGCAGGUUGCAGAAAAUCCCCACUCUGAGUACGGUCUCACAGACAACGUCGAGAGGAUAGUAGAAAAUGAGAAAAUUAAUGCAGAAAAGUCAUCAAAACAGAAAGUGGAUCUCCAGUCUUUGCCAACUCGUGCCUAUCUGGAUCAGACAGUUGUGCCUAUCUUAUUACAAGGACUUGCUGUGCUUGCAAAGGAAAGACCACCAAAUCCCAUUGAAUUUCUAGCAUCCUAUCUUUUAAAAAACAAGGCACAGUUUGAAGAUCGAAACUGACUUAUUGGGAAGAACAGAAAAAUUUGGUUUCCACUGUAGAUUUACAUGAUUAAGAGGCAACUUUAAUUGCCAUGAUUCCCCCCCCCCCCCAUUUUGGAAGUAUAAGAAUCAUCAGGACAGCAGAACUUAUUUUGGAGUUGCAGAAGAAGACAUAUCUCCCUUAUUGAUUUAAUCACAUACUUAUUUAAUGAGUGUAUUCUGUGCAGUUUUUUCUCAGAUUGUCUUUAACUUUGUUUUUAAAAUGACCUUCAAAAUAAACUGUUAAAACAUCA